CCCGUGGAAGUUCUCAUGGGCAGACGCGAAUUAUUCGGAAAGCUUAUUCCAAGGCUUGUUAUACAGACAUGAUGACUGAAUGUUUCCAGCUCUGGAAGCAACUGGAAGCUGAGGCCAACAUUGAGCUCUUCAGUGGCUUUCUCAUUUAAAGAAUGACUUUCACAAGACUCAGUUGGAGAUUGGUUAAAGAGCUCUUCACGUGAUGUAACUUCACUGUAUCCUGGGAUGCUUGUUCCAUCAGCUGUGAACUCCCUCGGCAACAGGCAAACAGGGUUAUUGCUUCUUGGCCAAGAAAAGGACCCAGAGUUUCAAGCCAUGAAGACAACAUUGAUUGACAGCAAAGUCCCUAUGACGACAUUAUCAUCUGCAGACUUUUCAAAGAGGUUCCUAGCUAUAAGUCUUCCUCAAGACGUUACAGCCAUUCUCGAAGAAACAGCUGGGAUCUUGUAUGCGGAUCGAGCAUUGAGAACUCUGCAGGAUUUGUUCCGAAGAUAUGGAGGAACCAUUCGUGAUGGUGAGCAAGUUGUUGAAAUACAGCCUGGUAGAAUGGUUACCGUGACAACCACCAGAGGAACUUACAGAACAAAAAAUCUGGUGAUUACUGCUGGCCCUUGGACAAACAAACUAUUGAACCUUGUGGGACUACAGCUUCCUCUGAAGACCCUGAGGAUUGUUGUUUGCUACUGGAAGGAGAAAGUCCCUGGAACAUAUGGAAUUUCCAAAGGGUUUCCGUGCUUUUUAAGGAUGAUCAACAGUUCAUUUCAACAUCAUUUCUAUGGACUUCCUUCUAAUGAAUACCCAGGACUUAUGAAGGUAUGCUACCAUAAUGGAAAUGAUGCUGACCCAGAUGAACGUGACAUCACUUUUCGACUGCCUUCCCAGGAUGUGAACCUUUUAAGUGACUUCUUAUCUAAAGAGUUUCCCGGUUUGGAUCCCAAGCCUGCUGUUAUUGAAUACUGCAUGUACACAACACUACUGAAGGGAACAUUUUUGCUUUUGACUUCCAUAUCCAUAUGUUGGACUUCAAUUGAAAUACCUCUUGGAUCGGAACAAAAUAUGGCUCAUCUCAUCAAGUACAAUGUUGUUCUCAAUUAUAUUGACCUUGUUUUACCUUCUAUAUUGAAUUGUCCCUGUAUUUAUUUUCAUUUUGCCCUUUGUGCCUCACAUAUUUGUCUAAAGUAUAAUUAUUUGAGCCACAGAUUUGAACUUACACUCAGUGGCCACUUUAUUAGGUACAACUGCUCAUUAUGCAACUGAAUGCAUAAAAGCAUGCAGACAUGGUCAAGAGAUUGAUGUUGUUUAGACCAAACAUCACAAUGGGAAAGAAAUCUAAGUGACUUUCACCGUUGGUGCUAGAUGGGAUGGUUUGAGGAUCUCAGAAACUGCUGAUCUCCUGGGAUUUUCAUGCACAAUGGUCCCUAGGGCUUACAGAGAAUGUUGCAAAAACCAAAGAAAAAAUCCAGAGAGUGGCAGUUCUGUGGGUGAAAAUGCAUUGUUAAUGAGAGAAGUCGGAGGAGAAUGGCCAGACUGGUCAAGUUGACAGGAAGGUGACUUUAACUCAAAUAACCAAGUAUAACAAUAGUGGUGUGCAGAAGAGUAUCUCUGAAUCCAUGACAUGUUGAAACUUGGAAGUGGAUGGGAUACAGCGGCAGAAGGCUAUGGACAGUUUAUUAGGUACAGGGGGUACUUAAUAAACUGGCCACUGCAAGUAUUCGUUUGAACCUGUGUAUCACUUACACUAUAGAUAUCUGCUUUUACCCAUGGAUCAGUAUUAUGCCCAUUAGAAUUUGAUUCUAAUGAUUACAUUUCUAACAGCACUACUAAAAUCUCUCUUCCCUUCUUAUUAUUCCCCUGAACUAGUAAUCUUAAUGUUUGCUAAGACUGUGUAAUAAUACAAUUUUAGCAUCACAUCUGAUAAUUAUCUUUGUUGUCCUUUGAAAUAUAUACUGAAAACAAAUUGGAAGUAGGUGAAUAAGAAGACUGAUUUAGUUUCAGAGUUCCAAAGAUGUUCUGAAGAAUGUUUUGUAAAAUAGUACCGUCUCAUCAGUUGUUUCUACUGAUACCAUUGCCAUUGCAUAGCAGCAUGGUGAUGCUUGCUAGCAUUGAUUCAAUGGCUGCACUUCAUUUUUACAGCAUAUCAAGUGCCACAAGCAAGAUAUUGUAGAACAAUGAAAUAUUUAUUCAAUUUGAGCACUAGGGAAAACUUAAAAUUUAAAAUAGUGAUUCAUGGAGGUACUAUUUUCUUCUGAGGAAGAAGGAAUUGUAAUUAUUUUCUGCCUUUCCCAACCUCACCAUGCUUUAUUGCUAAUGAAAUAUUUCUGCAGUAUAGUCGCUGUUGAAAACUUGGCAGGCAGUCUGUGCAAAGCGAAGCCUCACUAACAACAAGAUAAUGACUAAAUAAUCAGUGUUAGUGCAACUGAUUGAAGAACUGGCCAAGACUCUAUGGGUAGGUUGCCUGUGCUUUAUUGCUGUGGGAUCUUAUCUGUCCACCCGAGAGAGCAGACAGAGCCUUAGCUUAGAGUCUGACUCAAAUUUAAUACAUAUAGACUCACAUUUUGAUUCUUGAGGCUAUAUUUUGAACCAAAUAGACAUAUUUCUCUGGCAAACAGCAAUGAUAGAUAUGAAUUUUAAGAAAAACACCCAGGAAAUCAUGUCGAAGACCCAUUUUCCACCAUUAUCACCCUCUCUCAUUUCAUAACAUCACUUAAUUUGGAAACUGAAUCUGCUGUCUGUUUCGCUAAGAAGCAGUCUUUGUCUAGUAGUUCAUAUUUUAAAGUUGGCUACCAUUCAGACUCACAGAGCUUAUUGAUGAUUUGAUAUGCUUUGAUUGAAUAAAUGAAUCAACUAUUUGAUAUCAAAUACAUUUUUAGAAAGUAGUUUAAAUUUUUAGGUUAAAACAAUGUAAGCAGAAUGGGCUGAGCAAAGGGGAGAAAUACUUAGUACUCUGCAUCAGGUGGGCAUCUGAAAUACAAUAGCCCAAUUUGUCCUUUGGUCACGCUGUCUUCAAUUGUGUUCCAACAUUAAACAUGCUCUUUCUAGCAGCUAGACAGAAGAGUCAAUCUUUUAUGUGGAGGUGACACUCUGAUGAUUAUUGGGCCAUGUACAAGGAAACCAUUGUAAUUCCCUGCCAAGUCCAAGUUGCUGGGAAUAGGAACUAGGAUCAGGAAUGUCAUUGAGAUGUAUAUCCUCCAUUAUAUUUUUAAUGUCUCUAUGAGAGGGGCUAUUGGAAUAAAAUUCAGGAUUGCUCCUCAAGAAACCAAAAAACAUCCUAAAGUAGCCAAGACGUAUAAAAAAGCUGGAUGAACUCAGCAGGUCGGGCAGCAUUCGUUGAAA